AUGGCGCGAGCCGUGUGCGCUCUCGACUCCGUCUCACGCUGGGCCGUAACUGGUACUCCAAUUCAGAACCACUUGAAUGAUCUGGCAGCACUUCUCAGAUUUCUGAGCGUGUAUCCCUAUAACGAAAAGCGGGGGUUCGACGCGGAUAUAUCGCAUCUGUGGAAGGCCGGUAAUGCCGACGAAGCUGUCAAGAGACUAAAGCGCUUGGCUGGAUGUAUCCUACUCCGCCGGCCUAAAGGAACUGUUGAGCUACUACCGAGACACGACCAGGCUUGCUAUGUCGAAUUCUCACAUGCAGAAAGGGAGCUCUAUGACCAAGUCAGAACAAAAACGAUUGCACGUGUUGAUGAAGCCCUGGUUCAAAGCAACAACGGGGACAGGACGGUGUCUUUCGUAAACGUUCUGCAGCAGAUUGAAGCUAUGAGGAUGGUCUGCAAUGUUGGGCUUCUCUACUCGAGCAGACAUGAUGCGUCAAACUUGCCAGGAAAAAAACUUAGCCCGGCUAACUGGUUCCAGAAUGCUCAGAGUAGCUUCAACAUCCGCUCUGAGAUGGGAAGCAUCCAGUGUCACAACUGUCCCUUUAUUUUCGACGCCACUUGCCACCCUCUCGAUGAACCCCAGACUGACAAAGCUAUCUUCGCCAGAUGCUUGAGAUUCAUUUGCUCAGGCUGUGUCAAGGGAGCAUCGCGCCAAAUCACCAUAAUUAGGUGUGGGCAUAGUCCCCAAUGCCCUAUGGCUCCUGUAUCGACGAGUGUAGUGAGCUUAGAGGCACCGCCCGUACAGAUCUCGCUCGGCAACGCCGCAAGAUCGGCAUAUCGCCCAACAAAGGUAAUGGCUUUGAUCGAAGAUCUGCAGCGAUUACCUGGAAGCUCUAAGUGGUAUGUGUACAUCCUCGGAGAAUAUGUUGUGUUCUCGACUUGGAGAAUGACACUCGAUGUUGUGGAGACAGCGCUCGAUCAAGCCGACAUUCCUAGAUCGCGUUUUGAUGGUAAAGUGCCGCAAAAAGAGAGGCACGUUGUAAUUGACCGAUUCCGCCACGACCCAUCUAUUCGGGUAUUGCUAUUAACUGUCUCCUGUGGAGCAGUUGGGAACCCAACCAUUGAAGACCAGGCACUCGCAAGAGUCCACAGGAUCGGACAGAAACAAGAAGUCACAACGGUGCGCUUCUACGUCCGAGAGUCAUUCGAAGAGGUAGACUUCCUUGAUAUCAGUGAUACAAGUAUCUUGUCGCAUAAUAGGCCUAACACUUGA